AUGGAAACGCAGUUAAGACGCUCUAGUAGGGAAACUCGUGGAGCCAUACCAAAGCGAUUGGAAAGUUUCGUUGUUGAGAUUCACAAGCACAACACUAUGAUACGUACUCCACAAAAUCAGAAUAAGCAGCUAGGAGGGAAAAAUUCAGAUGAACUACCCGAAGCUUCGAAACCUGAGUUACAUUCGAGUAAAACUCGUUCAUCAGGAAGCAGUAGAACUGACAGCCAAAUCAAAUUCUUGGAACUGGAAGAAAACAAUGAAGAGGUUGAAUUACAAGCAUCCAUCGAGCGAGAUAGAAUCGUAGCUGAGAAGCAACUUGCGGAACUACAGAUCAAGCAUGAUCUGGCACUGAAAACGGAACAACGAAAGGCUGAAUUUCUGAAGCGAAAAUGUGAGCGUAACCAGAAAAGAAUUGAAUUACUGUCUAAUUCUAGUAGUAAAUCGACUAGAUCGAGUAUUUAUACUAACACAUCCAAACGUGUCGUGGAUUGGAUUACUGAUUCAGAAAAGGUAAAACCGUAUAAUGUAUAUGAAGAAUCGUCCUACCAAAUGGAUCAUCCGCGUUCACGAGAUUACGGUGAAAAGAACAUACCGACUCAUGACCGUAAGAACGUGUCGGCAAUCGAUGCAAUGAAUACAGAUACAACUGAACCUAGUACAAAUGCGCUUUUAUGCCAAGCGUUCAAGGCACUGCAAACCAGAAACCUGAAAGAUUUGCCUCCAUUUUCCGGUGAUGUAAUGGAAUGGACAGUUUUUGCAAAUGAAUUCAAAACAUCCACUGAAGAGUUUCAUCUAUCGGAUCGUGAUAAUCUGAGGCGAUUGAAUAAGGCGUUACAAGGAAAAGCGCGCAAGGCUGUAGAAUCGUUGCUGUCAUCUCCAGAAAAUGUUGCUCAGAUUUUACGAAUGUUAAAGUCAAAUUUCGGCCGCACUGAAUGGGUGGUAGCAAAUAGGCUUGAAGCACUAAAGAACCUGGAGCCAGUUAAGGAGGGUAAUAUUGAAUCUUUUCGUAUGUUUUACAAUGUGAUCAUCGGUACCAAAGUGGCGAUGACUUACGCGAAAGCGGAUUGCUAUCUAAUGAAUCCAGAACUAGUUUCUCAUCUGGUUGAAAAGCUACCUGCCUUUAGUAAACAAAUGUGGAUUCGGCACAAAGCUGCUUUGAUAAAAGAGGGUGUGGCUAUUGAUUUCAACACCUUUUCUCGUUGGUUGGAAGAUGAGAUGGACAAUCAGCUUGCGAGUCUAAACCCUGUGUUUAGUGCAAAGAAAACCAGUUAUCCGCCAAAAAUGAAACCGGUAGUGUUGAACGUCAACUGUCCUGAUGGUGAAACAGCGAAAAGAUGUCCUUUGUGCUCAACACACUCUCACGUCGGUUUGGAUAAGUGCGAUGAGUUUCGUAAAAUGUCUGUGGCUCAGCGUCGAUCGACAGCAAGUUCUUGCAAGGUUUGCUACAUUUGCCUUAAGUCAAAUCACUCUAGGAAAAACUGCAAUUCCGAGAAAAAAUGCACUAUAUGCAAGAAGAAUCAUCACGAGUUAGUUCACUCUAAUGAGCCCGUUAGAUAUUCAAAGUAUAGCCGUACAGAUACACAAAAUAGUCAAGAUAAUGUGUGUAAUAUUAACGGUAAAAACGUGAAUACGCUUCUUCGAGUAGGAAGAAUAAGAAUCAGUGGCCCAAAAGGAGUCAAAAAAGUAUUCGCGCUGUUUGAUGAAGGUUCAUCUCUGUCAAUGAUGGAUGCUGCGAUUGCAGAGAGUAUUGGAUUGCGAGGACCGAUUUCUCCCGUGACUUAUCGUUGGACAAAUGGUAUUUUGCACAAGGAAGAUCAGUCUAUGAGAUUGUCUUUCCGUAUUUCGGGACCAUCAGAGCAAGCAAAAUGGUAUGAAGUGAGCAAUAUCAGCACGGUACAAAAUAUCGCUUUACCCCCAGUAAAAUUUGACGUAGCAACGGUGAAGCGGUUAUAUCCAAUGCUGGAUGACGAUAAGUUAGCUGCUAUCCAAGAUGCUUGUCCCUGUAUGCUGAUUGGAUCGAAUAAUGCGGGUUUGAUUGUACCACUUAAGACAGUGCAAUAUUCGCUAGAUGGUUUACAGUUGACUCGUUGUCAUCUGGGAUGGACAAUCCAUGGAGUAAUAGAUCCAUCGAAAGUUGAAUCAAAUAGACAUCAUGCAUACCUGUGUUCAGAAGAUGAUGACAUCGAGCUUACUGAUUUGGUUAAACAAAUGUAUAAAGUCGAAAACUUUGGGAUUUCUGAAAAGUUGACAAAAAUAGCUGAUGAAGAUCUGCGUGCGCUGGACAUCAUGAAUCGUAGUAUCACACGACGUAGUGAACGUUUCGAAAUAGGUCAAAUAUACAAGUACAAUAAUUUCGUUUUCCCAGAUAGUAAACCUCAGGCUUUGAGACGUUUACAAAUAAUUGAGAAAAAGAUGGAUACGAAUCCUGAUUUUGCUGAACGGUACUGUGGAAAAAUUCAAGAUUAUAUUGAUAAGGGGUACGCUCGGAAAUUAGAGCCUGAAGAAUUGGUUGAUACAUCAAACACAUGGUAUCUGCCUCAUUUUAGCGUAGAGACUGCUGAAAAGUUUCGUUUAGUUAUGGAUGCUAAAGCAAAGUCACAUGGAUUUUCUCUGAAUGAUUUGCUGUUAAAGGGCCCUGAUUUCGUUCCACCUUUGAUUGCGAUUUGA